CAGGCGGCGGCGGCUGCUGCGGGGCCGCGCGGAGUCUUCUCCACCCGCUCUCCAGGGCCGCCCAGGCCGGACUUCCACGCCCGAUAUGGCUCGUGGACAGCAGAAGAUCCAGUCGCAGCAGAAGAACGCCAAAAAGCAAGCUGAGCAGAAAAAGAAACAAGGACAUGAUCAGAAGGCUGCAGCCAAGGCUGCCUUGAUAUACACCUGCACUGUCUGUAGGACACAAAUGCCGGACCCCAAGACCUUCAAACAGCACUUUGAAAGCAAGCAUCCUAAGACUCCACUUCCUCCAGAACUGGCUGAUGUUCAGGCUUGAAGUUGUCUACAGGUGAAAUCGUGGCACCUAUUGACUCUUCUACUGUCAGACCUUACAUAACAAACCUGCAGCUGCUUUUCUAAAACUGUUGAUCAGCAAAAAUGAAGGGGCUACAGAAACAUUCAUAUUUUUAUGCUGUUCCCUCUUGGGCUUCAUGCAAAGACAGUUCCGUGUAAAUGUACAGUUGUGCCCUAUUUGGAAAUCCUGACAGAUCAGCCCAUACUUGUUAUAAAAAAUUUUUUACAAUUGUAACUAUAUUGAUGUUGAUAUUGUGUAAAAUAACUCAUUUAAUAAAGUAGUACUUUGAUUUUACACUAGCACAGAUGGGAUCCUUGUAGAAGUUCUGCUUCAACUUUCUGCAUUACCUGCCUUAUGAAACAAUAAAAAAAGACAAAGUGGAAUUUUCCCCAGCCUGCCAGAAGGUGAGCAGUGUCAUUCCACUGACAGUAAUGUACAUUACAGUAAGUGACUCUUCAGUCAGAAGGGGAGCUGCUUGGAUUUCCUGUGCAGUCUGCUGCCUGCUUGAGCCACUCAGUGGUGGC